AUGAUUUGCUACAAGAAAUCCUUAAUUUUUAAGGAGACCUACAAUGUUGAACUGCAUUCAAACAAGAUUGUAUUACAAAAUGUAUUGGCAUGCUUAAUUUUAAGAUAAAAUGCUAGAUUACUCAUAUCCUAGAAUUAGAAUAGGAUUCCGUUGUGGAUUGGAAGUUGGAUAAAAAGAAUUGUAAUGUUCUUGCUUUGGGUAUUCAGAUUGAUAAUAAAUGGGAAUAUUUCUAUAUGAAAUAAUAAAAUCUAACUCUACUAAAGGAUUUUCUUGAUGGGAAAGUUCAAUAUCAUGAUAUCUUUAAAUUCUAUCAAAUAGUAGGCUUUCUUGGUAAAGGAGCAUUUGGAAAAGUAAAAUAUUCACUUACUCUCUUAGGUUUUCAAAUGUUAACAUAUAUGCAAUGGGAGAAUAGUCGCUUGCAAGUCGCUUAAGAGGAGUAGCAAAUACAAUGAGAAGGUAUGAAUAGUCUCCUAUGAAUAAGGAUUUUGUGAAUGAAGUGUAAUGUAUGCAAAAUCUCAAGCACCCAAAUUUGGUGUAACUUAAAGAGUUUUGUAGAGAGGAACACUGUUUUUACAUUCUGAUGGAAUAUGUUGAGGGAUGGACAUUGAAAAAUCUAAUAAAAAGAGAUUCGUUAGAUGAGAAAGAGAAGAUGAUUAUCGUUUAAGUAUAAUUUCAUCAAAUUAGUAAUUAUUAUCAGUGGCCAAUUAUUUUCAUUCAGAAGGGUACAUUUAUAGAGAUUUUAAACCUGAAAAUAUUCUUUUUAUGGAAAACAAAGUUAACAAACUUAAAUUGAUAGAUUUUGGACUUGCAAUUAGGAUCGAUGAGAUAGUUCGUAACAAAUAUCAGGUAUGUGGCACUCUCGGAUAUAUUGCUCCUGAGGUAUUUUAGAGGACUUACAUUUACGAUUUUAAGUCAGACAUAUUUAGUUUAGGGGCUGUUAUUUAUGAAUUGUAAGUAUUUAUUAUAUAAUUAGAUUUUCUGGAAUUUAUUUAGUGUAAAAUACUGAUUCUAUGGAGCUAUAGAGUAUGAGUAAGAAAUUCUAAUUCAACACGGAGAUGCUCUAAAAUAUAAAGAAUUAAACUAUUAGAAAAUUAUUGUAUGGGAUGUUGCAAGAGGAUCCAAUUUUGAGAAUUGACAGUAGGCAGGCAAUUGACAUAUUUCGACAAGCAAACACGAAUGAUGGUGAGUUGUUGACUACUGAUGCAGAUUGA